GUGUGUGCAUGUUCAGAUUCGAAAAUCGUCGGAUCGCCGUAUUCGCGAGCGGUAGAAGGGUCCAUCCAAUAGCCCAAUGCUAUUGACCUCUUUUUUGCUCCUGUUUCUUGACGAUAUAAAAGCCGCGAGGAAUGGAUUCCAUGCCUACCUCACUACCUCGGUCUUCAUUUCGAUUUCCUGAGUGGUCUACGGGUCAUCCAUCCGCUCGUUCCUUCUCUCUGCGGCCAUGUUCAUCGCGCCUACUGUCCUGGCUGCCGCCUCCGGGCUUGCCACAAAUCUUACCGUAGACUAUGUCGUUGUGGGUGGCGGUAUCGCUGGUUUGACCGUCGCCGGUAGACUCGCUACCGCCGACAGUAGCAUCCAAGUUGCUGUGCUCGAGGCGGGUAUCAACGCUGAAGACCAGCCUGCAGUAUAUAUCGAUGGUGAAUAUGGUUAUGCCAUUGGUACAGAUUUAGACUGGCAGUAUGCCACCGUCAAUCAGACCGGAUUGAACGGCAGGACUGCAAGCAUCUCAGCUGGGAAGGUUCUUGGCGGGUCUUCUACCAUCAAUGGUGAAGUGUGGACUCGUGGGCUGGCUGCUCAAUACGAUGCGUGGGGCAGUCUCAACAACGAUUCCUCCUGGACAUGGGACGCUCUUCUUCCCUACUCCAUGAAGACCGAGCGCACGACCGCUCCUACUGAGAACCAGACGGCAGCCGGAGGAGCUCUGUUGGAUGCCAGUGUGCAUGGCAUAGACGGUACUUUGGACAUUGGCUUCCCCAACACGUACUUCCCGGAGCCUUUGUUGUGGAGGGAGUCUGUUGCUAGCAUUGGUGUUGACAAGAUUGACGAUCUGGGUAGUGGCAACCCUGCCGGCGUCACGCUUUCCAUCAACACCAUCAACGCCGCCAACCAAACUCGCUGCGACGCGGCUUGCGCUUUCGUAGCCCCCCUUGCUAAUGCUUCCAACUUCCACGUCCUUACGUCCUCCCAAGGCACUCGCGUUCUCUUUUCCAACUCUACUUCCUCGAACGGCACCGCCACCGCUAUCGGAGUAGAAUACAUCUCCAACGGCACGACCUAUACUAUCUACGCGAACAAGGAGGUCAUUCUCGCUGCAGGAGGUAUCGGUUCACCAAAAGUUUUGGAGUUAUCCGGCGUUGGUAGUAAGGAUGUGUUGGAGCAAGCUGGCGUAGAGGUCGUCGUUGACCUUGAAGGUGUUGGUGAAAACUUGCAGGAUCACGUCCAUGGCUUUGUUGUGGCGUACACUAACAUGACCACCACCGUCAUGGAGGCAGGGUCCAACACGACCUUCGCUGCGGAGCAGCUUCAAGAGUAUUACGACAGCAAGACCGGUACUUAUGCCACCGCGCCCUGUAUGAUCGCUCUCCUCAAGCCCAGCGUCAUCUUCUCCAAUUCUUCAAACUCCACGUCCAGUGGCGAGAGUGACUUCCAGACUCUUCUCAGUGACGCCAGUUCAAACGCAUCAUCUUGGGCCAGCUACUACGCCAAUGGAAACGAAGGGGUAGCGAAGGGGAUUGAGAAACAGUACGAGAUACAGCUUGCUCUGUACGAGCAGGAUGAUCAACUUCCCAUUGAGAUUAACUACGAGCUUGGUUAUGGCGGUACCUCUACUUCCGUCCCCACCGCUGCCUACGACUCCGUUGCCGUCGUACUCGUCGCUCCCCUGUCUCGUGGCUCUACUCACAUCACCAGCAACAACGCCACCGUCGCCCCUUCGGUCGAUCCCAGGUAUUACUCUCACCCUGUUGACAUCGCAGUUCACGCCGCAGCGCACUUGACCGCGAGGAGGACGCUCACCGAAGGCCCCAUGGCGAGCGUUUAUGCUGGUGAAUAUCAGCCUGGAGAGGACGUUCAGAGCAAUGAGGAUAUUGCGGACUGGUUGAGAGAGAACGUGAGGAGUGACUGGCAUGUUGUUGGGACGGCUGCGAUGCUUCCCAGGGAAUUGGGCGGUGUAGUCGACACUGAUCUCAAGGUGUACGGUACCUCCAACCUCCGCGUCGUUGAUGCAUCCAUUAUCCCCCUCGAAGUUAGCUCGCAUUUGAUGACGGCUACCUACAUGGUCGCUGAGAAGGCUGCGGACAUCAUUCUUGCUGCUCGUCAGUAAGAAGUUAGAGGGACUUUUCUGUUUCAUAAACUCCUUUAGGUCUUUGAUUUACUACAAGAUACUCGGAGGACAUAUAGACUUGGUCCUUGAUAAACGCGAUUAGAUUGUUAGACGUACUGUUAUACCCCAUUAGAAACACCUAGAGCGUUAGACUGUAGUAGCAUGCCAUGUACUUGUCGUGUCGGCUGUUUUUAAGUCGAAAC